CAAAAUCUUCCCACAGCAGCGUCCUUACGUUCUCUCACUCUAGUCUCUCCUUUGUCUAGCUAUCCCACUGUCUGUUUGUCUAGUCCUUCCUUUAUCUAGACGACUCACAUCACACUCUUUUGUAUAGAUCUCUCUCUUUGCUGAUACCCCCCCCCCCAAAAAAAAAAGAAAUUACACUAAAAUGAAGUUUGCCUAUGUUUUAGCUUUAGCCGGUGUUGCUUGUGCUGUUCCAGUUCCAGCCAUCAAGAUGGUUUAUGUCACCACCUACACCACUGUGAUGCACACUGUCAUCAAUGGUGUUGAAACUGACGUUCCUGUCCCACCAACCUCCACUGCUGCUCCACCUGUUGUUGCUGAAGUCAAGCCAGCCACCACCACUUCCUCCCCAACCACCACUGAAGCUCCAGCCACCACCACCGAAGCUCCAGCUACCACCGCCCCAACCACCACCGUCUCUCCAACCACCACCUCGCUUUCCAGCAGUGCUUCUACUUCUACUUCUGCUCCAGCUCCAACCACCACUGGUGGAUCUUCAAGUGGUGAAUUCACUGGUGACGGUACCUACUACGACACCGGAAUGGGUGCCUGUGGUGGUGUCAACCACGACACUGACUACAUUGUUGCCAUUUCUCACCUUCUCUUUGAGCCAAAGACCCCUAACGGUAACCCAAACAACAACCCAUUGUGUGGAAAGAAGAUCAGAGCAUUCCGUGACGGUAAGUCUGUCGACGUGACUGUUGUUGACCAAUGUAUGGGCUGCAAGCGUGACGACUUGGACUUUUCUCCUGCUGCUUUUGAAGCCAUUGGCGACAAGGCUUUGGGUAGAAUGGAUAUCUCUUGGGAAUGGUUAUAAACGGAAUAUAUAGCAAAAUAAAUACGGAUAAAUGUUA